AUGUAUAUACCGUUUAACACCUUCAGGUGUAAACCAUUCGGUAUCCUUAUUAGCAAAUUCAGCACACAAAGACGAACUCAUUACGAUAUUUUAAACUUACCAAAGCACUGCACAACUAAACAAAUCAAAGAUUCCUUCAUUAAAUUAUCUAAAGAGAACCAUCCAGACGUUAAUAAAAGUAAAAAUGCUCAUAAAGCAUUUCUGGACAUUAAAGAAGCUUACAAUGUUCUGAGCAACCCAGAAACGAGAAGAGGCUACGAUUUAACAUUAACAUCCGAGAAAUCCACAAGAAGCUCGCAUAUGCGCAGAGUUUAUAGAAAUGUCAAUCCAGAUUCCUCGUUCUACGAACAUCGAAAUAAAAGCGAAGAUAAACACUUCGAAAAACAACCUUAUUACGGCAUAAAAGGACAGAAAAGGGUUUCGAAUUUGAAAAUUGUAGUAGUUUGCAUGUGGACAGCAAUUGUCGCGGUUUGCUUGCAAUUCUAUUUAAUAUCAAACUCCUUUACUCUUCAACGUGAGCUCAUACAAAGGAGAUCAGAGGAAACUGAGAAAACUUUGAGUUCGAUAAGAAAGAACGCCAUGGAAAACGGCAAUGAAGUCCAAUUGGAAAUUCUAAAAGCAAAGUUUUCCGAAACUUCACGAGAUGACUAA